UCCCUCCCCGUCAGCAGCUCAGUCUGUGGUUUGGUGUGGUGUGUGGUGGUGCAAGCUUCUCUGCGCCAGUAGCAACACACCAGGUGUUGGCGGCCGAGAUGGGGACGAGAGGGCCGACGAGGACGGUGGCGGCGGUGGUGGUGGCCGUGUGGUGCUGCUGCUGCUUCGUCGCCCCAGCGCAGGCCAGGUUGACGCCUUUGGAUAUAGAAGUCACCAUCCCACCACUACUGGAAGAGCAGCCUACCACCAGGGAGGUCCUCUUCACUGUCAUCCACGACCCCGACCAGCCCGCUGUGCCCUUCACCCUCCCAUGUCUCGCCGACGCCCUCCCAGCGCCAAGUUACACGUGGCUGAAGGACGGCGAUGAGUACGACCCCCACGGCGAGGAUGACCGCGUAGAGCAGGUGGAAGGGGAAGGUACCUUGGUGUUCCACGAGCCGCGCCCAGAGGAUGAAGGAACCUACCAGUGCGUGGCAGAGAAUCAGGUGGGAAAGGCGUUCAGCGAUAUCGUGUCUGUUCGCCGAGCUGUCAUGGCUUACGUGCCCAAGCAGGAACCGCGCGUGGUGACUGCCACUCUAGGCAGGCCGCUGCGCCUGGACUGUGACGUCCCCGUCGGCCACCCAAUUCCCUCCGUCCAGUGGUUCCGCCAGACCAACGAGGGGAAGCUGAGCAACAUGAACUCGUCCCGCGUGACACAGGACGAGCGCGGCUCUCUGUGGUUCAGUCACGUAGCUCCCGAGGACGCCUCCCAGGACGCCCUCUACGCCUGCGCCGCCUUCUCUGCCGCCAGCGGCCAGAUGAUCCUGGUGGAGGACGAGCACGGCAACCUGGAGAUGGUAGACCAGAUGCCCUCUGACGACGAAGACACCGACGUCCUCAGUCUGCCGACUGAGUACCGCGUGGGCAACAGAGUGUACCUUAACUUCACCGACGAGGAGCCACAGGCCAGCAUGCCCCCUGAGGAACAGUUCCUCAGCCACCACGAACUCAUGGUGCUCAAAGGUCAUGACGUCAGGCUGUACUGCAUCUACGGCGGCAAACCCCAGCCAGAGGUGCAGUGGUGGCGAGGGAACCGGGAUGACGUGCAUAGUUACCGCAAGGAGCAGCAUGGCAGGGUGCUGGUGCUGGAGGAUGUGGAUGAUGAGGAUGCUGGCUCCUACUACUGUCAGGCCAGCAGCAGUGCUGGCCAGGGAGACCCAAGGCAGUUCAAUGUUUAUGUUGAGUCGGAGCCUGAGUUUGUGGUGGAGCCAGAGAUAAUCAACCUUCCCCAGGGUGAGACUGCUGUGUUCAGCUGUGAAGCACGGGGCGAACCUCAGCCCAUUAUCACCUGGACCAGCAAUGGCGACCCUCUGGACACCCAUGACACCACGCUGGUGAUUGACAACUUGGACUUCAGCAACAAGGCGGUGGUGGCCUGCAAUGCCUCAAACAUCCACGGCUAUGUCUACAAGAGUGUCUUUCUCAAUGUACUCUCACUGCCACCAGAGUGGGUGACAGAGCCCGACAAUGUAACAGUCUUGGAGGGCGAUGCUGCUACACUCGAGUGUGCAGCCUAUGCCUCACCGAACCCCAACAUGACUUGGGUGCGUCUGGAGGGGGAGGAGCGGGUGUCCAUCCAUGAUGAGGACCCAAGAUAUGACAUCAGGGACACCAAGCUGGUCAUUAAGUCUGUGGAUGACAACACUAAGGGCCAAUAUGUCUGUAAGGCAACGAACAAGUUUGGCUCAUUGGAAGCUGAGGCUGAGGUGAUAGCCAGAGCAAAGACGGUGGUGAAGGUGGGUGUGUCCAGCAAGCGCGUGAAGGCUCGUGACCAUGUCUCCCUCACCUGCCUGGUGCGCAUGGACCCACACCUGCAGGCAACUGUCACCUGGUUCAGGGAUGAUGUGGAAGUGGACUUCAAGGAUGAAAACUACAAUCUCGGCCGCAGAGAAAACAUCGCUGACGAUGAUGACGAAGACGACAACGACGUGAGCGGUGAGGAGGACAGCGGAAAGCAUGAGAAGGAGGUGUGGGUGCUGGAGGUGAUGAAGGUGCAUGGCCAAGACUCUGGAGUGUACACCUGCCAGGCCCAGACUGCCCUUGACCAUGACACUGACAACCUCAUCCUCACAGUGGAAGAUGUGCCCAACCCUCCCCACAUCAACACGGCGCACUGUGGGGAGCGUGAGGCCCUCCUGGAGUGGUCCUCCACAGGGGACAAUAAUGCCCCUCUCAUGGGUUAUGCUGUCCAGUAUGUAACACAGUUUCAUCCUGAUGACUGGAAAAAUGCAGAGAACAAGAUCUCCACCUCAUCCCCAUCCUAUUCAAUGGAGCUGAGUCCUGGCCUGAACUACACCUUCCGGGUCUUGGCCUUCAACCGUGUGGGCAUGUCUGAGCCCAGCGAGAACACCACCGAGUGUGCCUCACCUGGCCUACCACCUGACCACAGCCCAGAGAACGUGACUGUUGUGCCAAAUGGUCCGGGCAGCCUCCUUGUGUCCUGGCAGCCCAUGCGACGAGAGGAACACAAUGGCCCAGACUUCCACUACAAGGUGUUCUGGAGGCCAGUGAAUGACAGUGAUGAUGACGGUGAUGGUGAUGGUGAUGGUGAUGGUGAUGGUGAUGAGGAAAGUGAUGCCACACACCCAGAAGCUGACACAGAUGAUGAUCACAAUGAAGAUGAGAACCAGGAGGAGGACAGCUGGCACGUGAUAGUUAUUGAUGACUGGGAAAGGAGUGAGCUGCGGUUGGAUGGUCUGCCUCCAUAUACUGAGUACCAGGUGAAGGUGGAGGCGCGCAAUGCUUAUGGUGCUGCCCCGCCCAUGGAAGUGGUGCCCACUUUCUUCUCUGGUGCUGAUGUGCCUGAGGAUGCACCAGAGGACCUGAGGGCACUGGACAUUGACUCAACGGAUGUAGUGCUGACAUGGCGCCCCGUGGAUGCAGCCUCCGUGCGGGGCCUGCUGCUGGGCUACAAGGUUGAGUACUGGAUGCACCCUGAUGAUGAGGAUGAUGAUGGUGACAGCGGCAUUGUGAAGGAGUUGCUGGUGAAUGGCCCACAAAACCGUGCCGAGUUGACCGACCUGCAACCUGACACUUCCUACCGUGCCCAAGUCAGCGUGGUCAACAUGGACUUCAGCGGCCCUCACAGCAAUGAGCUGGCCUUCACCACUGCUGAGGGAGAGUCUGGGCCUGUUGUCAACCUGAGAGUGAAGCAGCUUGGGAAAACUAGUCUGCUGGUGGACUGGGACGUGCCCACAGAACCCAAUGGAGUGCUCAGGAACUACCGUGUGCAGUACACCAUGCUGAAUGAAGACAGGGAGGAGGAGGGGCCCACCACUCUGUAUGACGAUGAAUUGAUGCCAGAUGUCACCAUGAUAAAGAUUCCAGGGUUAGAUGAGGGAGAAUCCUACAGGGUCUCCAUUACUGCCAAGAAUGGUGCUGGCUGGGGUGAAGAGUCCUCCAUUGAUGUGGAUUUGGAGGUGACAGAGCCCAUGCAGCCUGCAGUGCCUGUGUUCUUAUGGACCCAAGUGUCAGAUGCCAAGGAGGAUGAGGAGGAUGAUGGCCUGGAUAAGGAUGGUGAUGGUGAUGUGGAUAAGGAUAACAUGAAGAACAAGAACGUCAUCAUUGGCGACACAGAUGGGGAUGGAGAUGUGGAUAAUGAAGAUGUGUUGGACACUGAUAAUGAUGGUGACAUUGAUGAGGAUGAUUUUCAGGUGGCAGAUAUCAACAAUGAUGGAGUGGUGGAUGAUAAGGAUGUGGCUGCUGCUGAUAGAGAUGGUGAUGGCGAUGUGGACAUUGCCGACAUCGGUGAUGAGGAUGGCGAUGGCGACUUUGAUGGCACUGAUGUUAUUCUUGCCGAUAAGGAUAACGAUGGCGAUAUUGACUUGGAAGAUAAAAAUGGGGAAAAUGUCCUGCUGGAGGAUCGUGACCAGGAUGGCGAUGUUGAUCUAGAUGACGUGACAGACAUCAACUUUGAUGGCAUUAUUGAUGAGAAGGACUUUGCUGCUGCUGACACUGAUGGUGAUGGCGAUGUUGACCAGGAAGACAUUGAGCUAUUGGACAAAGAUGGAGAUGGUGACAUUGAUGCUGCUGAUGUGGCUGACUUGGAUGGUGAUGGUGUAGUGGAUGGUGAUGAUCUUGAGGUGACUGACAGGGAUGGUGAUGGUGAUAUUGAUGCACAGGACUACCAGUUAAGAAGAACCUUCCUUGCUGAUACCAACAAUGAUGGUAAAAUUGAUGUAAAUGAUGUUCUGGACACAGACAACGAUGGUGACAUUGAUUAUAUUGAUCAUGAUAUUGCAGACAUCAAUGAUGAUGGUAAGAUUGAUGAAAAUGAUGUGAAAGCUGGUGAUAGGGAUAAUGAUGGAGACAUUGACGUAGCAGAUAUAGGAGAUGAAGACAAUGAUGGCGAUAUUGAUGGCUUUGAUGUUAUUGCAGCUGAUGAAGAUGGUGAUGGUGAUAUUGAUGCAGAUGAUGAUGAUGAAGAGAACACUUUACUUGAGGACAGGGAUGGUGAUGGUGAUUUUGAUCGUGAUGAUGUCAGGGAUAUGGAUGGUGAUGGUGAUGUGGAUCUGGAAGACUUGGCCGCAGCAGAUAUUAAUGACGAUGGUGUCGUCAACAUGGAGGACAUCAAGGCGGCAGACAGGGAUGGUGAUGGGGAUGUAGAUGCUGCUGAUGUGACUGAUCUGGAUGGUGAUGGCAAGGUGGACAAAACUGACAUUGAGGUUGACGAUCGUGAUGGUGAUGGUGAUAUCGACGCCAAAGACUUCAUUUUCAGGAACACGCUUCUGGCUGACACAGAUGGUGAUGGUGAUGUUGACAAUGAUGAUGUUCUGGAUAUUGAUGGUGAUGGUGAUGUCGAUGAGGCUGACUUUAGGGCAGCAGAUUUAGAUGAUGAUGGCAAUGUUGACAUGGACGAUGUGAGGGUAGGUGACAAGGAUGGUGACAAUGUAGUUGAUGCCUUUGAUGUUGAGGAUAUUGAUGGUGAUGGUCUUAUUGAUGAAGAUGACCUGGAUGUGGAGGAUAGAGAUGGUGAUGGUGAUAUUGAUAAGAAGGAUUUCAAAUUCCGAAAUACUUUCCUGGCAGACACCAACAGAGACGGGAAGAUAGACAGGGAUGAUGUACUGGACACUGAUGGUGAUGGGGACAUUGAUGACAAGGACAUUGAUGUUGCAGACAUCAACAACGAUGGUGAAGUUGACAUCAAUGAUAUUCUGGCAGGAGACAGGGACCAUGAUGGAGAUAUUGACAAGGCAGAUAUUGGUGAUGAAGAUGGCGAUGGCGAUGUUGAUGGUGAUGAUGUCAUAGCUGCUGAUGAAGAUAAGGAUGGUGAUAUUGAUGCAGCCGAUGAUGAUGGUGAAAGCAUACUGCUGUUUGAUGCUGAUGGUGAUAAUGAUAUUGACCGCAAUGAUCUUCGUGACAUUAAUGGUGAUGGUAAAAUUGAUGAGAGGGAUUUCAAGAUGGCCGAUGUCGAUAAUGAUGGGGAUGUUGAUGAGGAUGAUGUGAAGGCAGCUGACCGUGAUGGAGAUGGUGAUAUUGAUGCAGCUGACAUCGUAGACAUUGAUGGAGAUGGUGACGUGGAUGGCCACGACCUCCGUGCUGCUGACAAAGACAAUGAUGGAGAUGUUGACUCCUCAGACAUCAGGAAUAUUGAUGUCUUUCUGAAGGACACAAAUGGCGAUAAUGUUAUAGAUGAAAAUGAUGUCCUGGAUUCAGAUCACGAUGGCGACAUUGAUGAGGAGGAUAUUGCAGUGGCAGACAUUGAUAAUGACGGAGACGUUGAUGAGGAAGACGUAAGGGCUGGAGACCGCGAUGGAGAUGGAGAUGUGGACUUCAAAGACAUUGGGGACAUUGACGGUGAUGGAGACAUUGAUGGAAAUGAUGUUGAGAUGGCUGACAAGGAUGGUGAUGGGGAUAUUGAUGCUGCAGAUGAGGGCCGUGGCAUUUCCAUCAAAAUUGCUUGGGUGCCCAACUUUAAAGACCAUCCAGGUGCUGACUUCUAUGUACAAAGCAGGAGGAAUGGCUCUUCGGAGUGGAAGAACUCGACAAUAGAGAAGGAAGCCUUGUCUCAGACCAUCUCAGGCAUCGACCCGCGGCACGCGUACGAGUUGCGGGUGGUGGCAAGGGACGGGCCCUUCGAGACGCCCUCCGCGAUUGUUGUGAUCCCCGCCUCAGAAGGAGUGAGGAAGACGACCACCCCGGGUGAUGGUGAGGAUGGUGAGGUGCAUGCCAUAACCUACAACGAGAUUGACAGUGAGGUGGAUGGUGGUGGUGAUGAUGAUGAUGACCACACCAGCAUGACCGUAGAUGAUAGUGACCUUGACGACUCGACUCCAGAAGAAAGACCCAUGGAAGAAGCAACUACGGGAGCGAAGAAGGACGACCUGAACCCGAUCUUAUGGACGUGGUUCAUCAUUGCCAUCAUGGUCGCUGUCACCAUGAUUUGCGUAAUAUUCUUCUCCAUGUGGGUCUACAGCCAACGGCUGGCGCGCGUGGCUGAGCUGAGAAAGGCGCUGUACAAAGGUUACGAGCCAGCCGAGCCUGAGGCCAUCAAGCGUGAGGUGGACCUCGAGGCAGCCAAGCCCGAGGAGCCAGUGGACGACGAGAUGACGGCCAACUUCCAGCGAAAAGAAUUCAGGAAGUCUUGGUACCACGUACAACUGGCGGCCAUGAUGAAGCGGCAAGAGACCAUUCAGAGCGUGGAUUCCUUUGCCUCCCACGAUGACGACUUCGCAGAAUACGGAGACGAGAGCAUGGCAAUUGAUCUGCUCAGUUCGGUAUCAUUGGUAACAAACCCAAGACACCAGAGACCUCCUCCUGUGCCACGUACCUGAGCACAGCACCAGGUCGCUUCACGGACGAUGGCUCGCUCAUCUACCAAAAGGUGUGAGGCAGAAUGUGUCUGCGUCACCACCACCACCACCACCACCACAACACGUCAUCUGUCUGUCUGUUUGGGUGAGUUCACCGCCCUCACCACGCACACCUGGAGACUACCGAGGCCCUUCGUGCCAGCUGCCAUGUGAGACCAUCUCCCCUCUCACGACAACCGUCACCGCCAUCACCACAACCACAUUACUGUAUAGGCUAACCCCAAGGUCGGCGUGGACAGCGGGCACCAAAAUGGGCUUCCUUCCUUUCUAUUUUUAAUGCCAUUUACUUGUGCUGUUCAUAGACUAUGUGUUCAAUCCGACGGUGUUGCCAUGAGGCGGCCACAGUGUGGAGAGCGAGCGUAUGUGUGUGGAGAGCAGCUGCCUCAGCCACACAUAUGCAUACAUAACAUACGUACGUACAUAUAUGUACAUUUACAAGUGCUGAUCUGGUUAUCGUGGUCGUCAUGUACGUGUGUGACAAGAUGGAUGUCACUGCCAGCCAUGCAGCAGCUCAGUCCAGGCUGUUAUCUGUGGAGCAGAGUGGUGAGGGUGUCCGUGCCUGCGAGGAGGACGACCCGCACUCAAGAUCUGGUUCUGAUGCCGGUCCCUCACCAUUAUUCCGCAUUUCACAAGGUAAAGCCAGUCAUCAUUGACACUGAAAUUAGUCACGGAAUCAGCACGCCGAUCGCCCGCUGCUGGAGUUGUUAAAGGAGAGAACAACUUGACUACACAGCGGCGAGUAUCAGAUUGCCUACUCAGGAGAUCUUUGUUAAGGAUACACACGACGGAUAUUUUGGUGAGGCUUUCAGGACGUUCGUGAGGAAGACAGGUUAAGUCACAUGAGCCUUAAUUAAUUAUGUAAUGAAGCGCACCCAAUCAAACCACACAGAUGGAUGAAUACUAACUAGUCAUGCAUUGCAUAAGAUUCGUGUACUGAACAGAAUUACUGUGUUAAUUAAUGUAGUUUUUUUUUUUUUUUUUAAUAUCAGUAACUCGCAGUAUUCCUAUGUGCUUCAUGCUGACGUACUCAUCACCCAAGGUCCUUCUAGCAUUGUCUUAUCUCCAGCAAGGACAGUUGAGGCGGCGGUCCUGCAAUACCCAUCCAUCACUGCUGCUGCUGCCCCGUGCUACGUGUAAAUGCUUUUGGACUUGACCUGUACGUAUCUUGCGCUGCCUACCAUGAUAUUCCUCGUACUGUGGCUUUAGACGGGUCAUAGAGCUGACCAGUGGUUGAGGAUUUGUGUGAGGUGAAAAGACUUGGCUGCCCUGUGUUUGCAAGGGGCGCGCUACCAGUCGUCUCUGCCGUACAAGUCACACACCCCCACAGACACUAGUGUAUUGGUGUGAAGUGUUUGAGUCUUCCUGAUAUUUAUCUUCCUUGGUAAACUGAAAAUGUGUAAAUAUAUAUUCUUGAGUCCUAGUGAUGCCCUCUCAACUCACCUGUUCCUCUAUUUUUUUUUUUUAUUAUUAUUAUUAUUUUAUUUUCCUGGUGGGUCGGUGCGUUGUAGGAGUAGCGGGGCAAUGGUGUCGGUCCGCUCUGUAUUUGGAGGGUGACCGCCCACUACUGUCCCAGUCUCAGAUCAGUUUGCUGGAACCGUCUUCAGUUUUCCUUUCCAUUUUUUAUUUUUUUUCUUUCUCAUACGAUAACUUAUAGGUUGGCACGUGAGAGAAAAUAAUCUAAUUUCUUAGUAUAAUGUAAAAAAAAGUUGGUGUUUUAUCAAGAGAAUCCCACUGUUCCGCAUAUUGCCUUCCAUCACCGCUAACACGAGCAUGCAGAUGUAUUUUUCAGGGAAACUUAUUUCCUUCGGUUGAUGUUUUAUGGGGGAAAGUGUGACCAAAUGUUGGGUUCAAUUGUGUCCCUGUUUUUAAUGUUGUGAGGUGCAGUUACCCCCUACCCCCUACCAUCAUAUUUUUACCAGGCAGGAAGCUGUGUUCCUGUGCAUGCAUGUCGAAAUAUACUGAGCAUUCUCAAGAGUGUAUGCAUCUGUGGUGUCUGUGUGCGAGUGCAGGGGUUAUCAAGAGUCUAAUAUGAUGUGAAUGAGUUGAUGUGUGUGUGUGUGUGUGUGUGUGUGUGUGUGUUUGGAACUCCUUCCAGUGUCCGUUUCUUAUUUUUCCCGGUCAUGAUCUUCUAUGUUAAUUUUCAAUAAAGUGUUAAGUUAUG